AUGUCUUCGCACGAUACCAGGUCAGUGCGUGCGUCGAAGCGCAUUUCCGUCACCGCACUCUACUUGUCUAUGUCCGCCAAGGACAAGGAUUUGGAAAUCUCGGACGAAUUAGCCAAAGCUCAAAAACACCUCCGGGAACUCAAAGCCAAAAUUUCGUCGCAGUCCAAAAAGAACUUCGUUCUCGAGAAAGAUGUCCGCUAUUUGGAUUCCAGAAUCGCAUUGCUUAUUCAAAACCGGAUGGCAUUGGAAGAACAAAACGAAAUCUCGAGCCGUCUCGAAGAAAGCUUAGAUACUCAACAAGAAGGAUAUUUCCCCAACGACGAGAAAACUCAACGAUAUGGAAACCUCCUCUUUCUCCUCCAGUCGGAGCCGAAGCACAUCGCACAUCUCUGCCGUCUCGUUUCAAUGUCAGAAAUUGAUUCUCUUCUGCAAACAGUCAUGUUCACAAUCUACGGGAAUCAGUACGAGAGUCGCGAAGAACAUUUACUACUGACCAUGUUUCAAUCUGUUCUCACCUAUCAGUUUGACAAUACUCCGGAAUACUCUUCGCUUUUGCGCCAGAAUACACCCGUUUCGCGGAUGAUGACGACUUACACUCGCCGCGGCCCCGGCCAAAGUUACCUAAAACAUGUUUUGGCUGAUCAGAUCAAUUCGCUCAUUGAGUUGCAGGACGUGGAUCUUGAAAUCAACCCAUUGAAGGUCUAUGAAAGCAUGGUUCAACAGAUUGAAGAGGACACCGGACACCUGCCGGAUUACUUAGCCAAAUCUGUGACAGCUGAAGUCGCAGCCGAAAACGAACAGGUGCAGGCAAUCAUUGCUCCUCGAUUGAAGAUGUUAACCGACAUUGCCAACACUUUCCUGACAACUAUAAUUGAUGGACUCGAGGAUGCUCCAUACGGUAUCCGAUGGAUUUGCAAGCAAAUUCGUAGCCUGUCUCGCCGCAAGUAUCCUGAUGCCCAAGAUCAGACCAUUUGUACUUUGAUCGGAGGCUUCUUUUUCCUUCGCUUUAUUAAUCCAGCCAUUGUGACCCCCCGCUCCUACAUGCUGAUUGAGUCUGUUCCGUCGGAUAAGCCGCGCCGCACAUUGACCCUCAUCGCCAAGAUGCUGCAGAACCUGGCGAACAAACCUUCGUAUGCCAAAGAGCCCUACAUGGCAAAGUUGCAACCAUUCAUUCACCAGAACAAAGAGCGUGUGAACAAGUUCAUGCUUGAUUUGUGCGAAGUUCAAGAUUUCUACGAAAGCUUGGAGAUGGAUAAUUACGUCGCUUUGACGAAGCGCGACUUGGAACUACAGAUCUCAUUAAAUGAGAUUUACGCCACUCAUGCCUUACUAGAAAAGCAUACCGGUUCUCUGGUAGCUUCGGAUCAGCACUCUCAUUUGCACACACUGCUACAAGAACUCGGCCCAGCGCCCUCCCAGCUCCCUCGAAAAGACAACCGCACGAUCAAUCUGCCUCUCUUUAGCAAGUGGGAAACAUCGGUUGACGAUCUUACCGCUGCAUUAGACAUCACACAAGAGGAAAUCUACUUCAUGGAGGCCAAGUCAACUUUUGUGCAGAUAUUGCGUUCUCUGCCGCCCAAUUCGAGCGUUUUGAGACGACCUUUGCGUCUGGAUCGUAUUGCCGAAGCUGCAGCAACCUUGAAGAAUGAUGCAGUCAUGGUUCGCAAGGGAAUCCGUACUAUGGAACUUCUCAGCCAGCUUCAAGAGAUGGGGGUGAUUGAUCGUUCAGAUGAGUUUGGCCUUUUGCGCGAUGAGGUUGAGCAGGAAUUAGUCCACCUCGGAUCUCUCAAAGAGAAAGUUGUUGAAGAAACCAAAAAGCUGGAUGAGGUCUUCCGUACGAUCCGUGACCACAAUGCGUACUUGGUAGGUCAGUUGGAAACGUACAAAUCAUACUUGCAUAAUGUGCGCAGCCAGUCCGAAGGCAAGCAACGCAAACAACAGAAGAACCAAGAGCUUGGGCCCUACAAGUUCACUCAUCAGCAGCUGGAGAAGGAAGGCGUUAUCCGCAAAAGCAAUGUCCCUGAGAAUCGCCGAGCCAAUAUCUACUUCAUGUUCCGGAGCCCUCUUCCGGGGACGUUUGUCAUCAGCCUACACUAUAAGGGACGUGCGCGUGGUCUCUUGGAAUUGGACCUGAAACUCGAUGAUCUUCUUGAAAUGCAGAAAGACAGUCAAGAAGACCUCGAUCUGGAGUACGUGCAGUUCAAUGUGUCGAAAGUCUUGGUUCUUUUGAACAAACGGUUUGCUCGUCGGAAAGGAUGGUAG